AUGGACAACAACCCGCCUCGUGAGGAAGAGCGUAUUCCAAGGUCUCUCGACGUGAGACACACUCGGGGAGGCGCUGCAGCCCAGAGGAAGCGGAAAGCAUAUCAGCUAUAUAUCUUUCUGCGCGAUCAGGACUUGGGCAUUUAUACAGAUCCGUCCGAAGUCCCUUUCCGUCGCCCUGACGGCUCUACUCGAGCCGUGGUGCGCCGUCAGGAGACGGCUCCUUUUCAGGCUGUGGAAGAGCAAUCGGAAGUGAUCGUUAUUGACGAGCAGGCCCCGGAGACUCCGCCGCCUUCUACGCCAUUUAGCGAAGACAACGGCUCCAUCACCUCCGCCCGCUCCUUCGUCAUCAAGCUCUUCAACUCCGAGGCUUUUGCCGACUCCAAAGCCUUUGUUGACUCCAUCGGCUUCAUUGUCAUCAGGCAUUCCGGCUCCAAGGUGCCGCCUCGUGUGCCGAAGGAACCUUCGCAUCCUCCGCCACCUCAGGUGACAGAAGUUCCUCGUGUUAUUGACUUCCGUCCCCUGCAGACAGAGGUGCUAGACUUUGAGGGUGUUAAGGUGAAGCUUACGGAACCAGCAUUCGAGAGAUUCUCUUUUGGUUUGAGCUUGGAUUUUCACGGAGUGUUGGAUCGAUAUCACAACAAGUCGACGAGCUGGACGGAUCCAAGGCCCGAGUUCCCUUCGGAGUGUGUGGCAGCCUUGCGCGAUCUUCAUUCGUUGGUUCCACGCUACGGGGGUUUAUUCUUCGUCUGCAGUUACUGUCAUCACGAGGACACCAAAAGGCACGUGGUUGAGACGACAGUGAACUCCUGUGAUACUCUGUUCACGCAGAUCGGGGAAACGCCUAUUUGCCUCAUUUUCAUUACGAGGAAGGCCACUGGUCCGUUGGGGAAGCGUGCAGUGCUGGAGAAGCUGGCAAAGGAGAUUGAGCUCCCCAUCAUUCACGUCGACGACUCCGCGGACGUUUGUGACGAGCUGGCGGGUUCUCAGCACGUCAUUCCUCUGCAUAUUGCCAUUCCGAAGAGAUCCAAGGGGGGUCGUGGACAGCGCACUAUUUUUCCGCGUGCUCCGGUGCCUUCCUUUGACAGCUUUCCGGAGUGUACUGGAGCUAUCAGAGGUCAGGUGCAGAAGUGGUUUCUGGACGCCUAA